GUUGUGUAGGGGUCCGUGGUCUCACCCCGUCUGCCCCCCAGAACACGCUGAGCGAGGAAAUCGCGGACAUGAAGAAGCUGCAGGACGAGCUGCUCUCGAACAAGGAUCAGCUGCUGGCCGAGAUGGAACGGAUGCAGAUGGAAAUCGACCAGCUGCGGGGCCGACCCGUCUCCUCCUACUCCAGGUCGCUGCCGGGCAGUGCCCUGGAGCUGCGCUAUUCCCAGGCCCCCGCCCUGCCCGCGGACCCCUACGCCGGCGCCCCCCGCAGGCACAAGAAGGGGCGCUGGGCCGUCAAGGAUGAAGCCACUAAGGCCGCCCAGGAGUGGGAGCGGGCACAGCAGGCGGGGGGGCUGGCCCAGCCUUUCGAGGGGGGGCUGGAUGGGUCGGACGAGGAGGAGCGCGACCCCCUCUUCGGCUCAGCCGACCUGCUCUCGCCCAGCGGGCAGACGGACGUGCAGACACUGGCCAUAAUGCUGCAGGAGCAGCUCGAGGCCAUCAACAAGGAGAUCAAGCUGAUCCAGGAGGAGAAGGAGUGCACGGAGCUGCGGGCCGAGGAGAUCGAGAGCCGGGUCAGCGGCUCAGCGCUGGACGGGUCCCUGGGCCGGUACCGGGCUGGCGCCUCCAUCCCCCCGUCCGUCACCAGCUCCACCCUGGCCAGCCCCUCGCCCCCCAGCAGCGGGCACUCCACCCCCCGCCUGACGCCCCACAGCCCUGCCCGCGAGGGGGACAGGAUGAACCACGUGCCCAAAGAGGAGGGGCGUGGGGCGGAGGAGAAGGCCCUGGUGCCCUGUGAGGCGCUGCCCCCCGCCACCCCCCGCACGGCCCGGCUGGAGCGGGUGAGCCAGGCCCUGGCGCUGCAGGCCGGAGCCCUGGAGGACGGCCGGGACCUGAGGGCAGGGCUGCUUCCCGAUGGGGCCAACAGCAGCCAGGACUCACUGCACAAAUCCACCAAGAAGAAAAGCAUCAAGUCGUCCAUCGGGCGCCUCUUUGGGAAGAAGGAGAAGGGGCGGCUGGGCCCCCCAGGCCGCGACUCACCCUCCCUGCCCGGGACCCCGUCGGACGAGACGUCCCCUGCGGACCCCCUGGGUCUCUCCAAGCUGGCUGGGCCGGUGGACAAGGACCGACGGAAUAAGAAGAAGCACGAGCUGCUGGAGGAGGCCUGUCGCCAGGGCCUUCCCUUCGCCGCCUGGGACGGACCCACCGUCGUGUCCUGGCUGGAGCUGUGGGUGGGGAUGCCGGCCUGGUACGUGGCCGCCUGCCGGGCCAAUGUGAAGAGCGGGGCCAUCAUGGCCAACCUGUCGGACACGGAGAUCCAGCGGGAGAUCGGCAUCAGCAACCCGCUGCACCGGCUCAAGCUACGCCUGGCCAUCCAGGAGAUGGUGUCACUCACCAGCCCCUCGGCGCCCGCCAGCACCCGCACGUCCACGAGCAACGUGUGGAUGACGCACGAGGAGGUGGAGUCGCUCACGGCCACAACGAAGCUGGAGAGCAAGGAGAUCAGCUGGGAGCAGAUCCUGGCCUACGGCGACAUGAACCACGAGUGGGUGGGGAACGACUGGCUGCCCAGCCUGGGCCUGCCCCAGUAUCGCAGCUACUUCAUGGAGUCGCUGGUGGACGCCCGCAUGCUCGACCACCUCAACAAGAAGGAGCUGCGGGGCCAGCUCAAGAUGGUCGACAGCUUCCACCGGGUGAGUCUCCACUACGGCAUCAUGUGCUUGAAACGUCUCAACUACGACCGCAAGGAGCUGGAGCAGCGACGGGAGGAAAGUCAGAACCAGCUCAAAGACGUGAUGGUCUGGUCCAACGAGCGGGUGAUGUGCUGGGUCCAGCUGAUUGGGCUGAAGGAAUUCGCCAACAACCUGGCGGAGAGCGGGGUGCACGGGGCGCUGCUGGCCCUGGACGACGCCUUCGACUGCAGCGACCUGGCCCUGCUCCUGCAGAUCCCCACGCAGAACACCCAGGCGCGGCAAAUCCUGGAGAAGGAAUUUGGGAAUCUCAUCGCUAUGGGAACGGACCGGCGGCUGGAUGAGGACAGUGCCAAGACCUUCAGCCGCUCCCCAUCAUGGCGGAAGAUGUUCCGAGAGAAGGACCUGCGGGGGGUGAGCCCCGACUCAGCCGAGAUGCUGCCCCCCACCUUCCGCGCCACCACCAUGGCACCCCCCAGCGUGCAGCUCCGCAAGGUGCAGCCCGAAGGAAAUUCCCUGGCCAGCCAGCGGGGAGACGGUGUCUCGGUGCGAACCUAUUCCUGCUAGCACCGGGUGCCAGGGACCCACAGACGGAUGCUGCUGCUGGAGGGGGGGGUUCCGCCCCCCCUCCCAACAACGAGGGGAGGGGCCUACAUCUGUUCCCUCCCCC